GGCGCUCUGAGCGCUGCUGUGAAUUUGGAGGAGGGAUGCUGCUGUCAAUUUGUGGGACCGCUGCUGCGAGGAGUGGGCGUGGCCUCGGCGGUGUGGAUGCUUGUUAGGAAAGAUGCUGGGUGCUUUUUAGUGAGGACUCAGGGCUGUGGUUCGUGUGUGCAUGUGUGUGUGCGCGCGUGCGCGCGUGCGAGAGAGAGAGAGAGAGAGAGAGAGAGAGAGAGAGAGAGAGAGAGAGGAUUGGAGAAAGGAGGGAAGGAGGGGGAGUGAGGCUGAGAGACCCAGAGGUGCUGAAGACAGAGCUGGGAGAGGAACUGAGAACUGGACUAGAGCUCUGGGAGAGCCACUCAAGAUCUUUUUGGGGGAGCCCAAUAAAUGUGAACAUGGGGUCUGUCACCGGAGCUGUCCUCACGAUGCUACUUCUGUUAUCUACUCAAAACUGGAACAGGGUCAUAGCUGGGAAUUCCUACGAUUGUGAUGAGCCCCUGGUGUCUGCCUUGUCGCAGGCGUCUUUCAGCAGUUCAUCCGAGCUCUCGAGCAGCCACGGUCCUGGGUUUGCAAGGCUAAACCGAAGAGAUGGAGCUGGUGGCUGGUCUCCACUCGUGUCCAACAAAUACCAGUGGUUGCAGAUUGACCUUGGAGAGAGAAUGGAGAUCACCGCCGUGGCCACCCAAGGGGGAUAUGGGAGCUCGAACUGGGUGACCACCUACCUCCUGAUGUUCAGUGACAGUGGCAGGAACUGGAAGCAGUAUCGGCAAGAGGACAGCAUCUGGGGAUUUUCAGGAAAUGCAAAUGCAGACAGUGUUGUGUACUAUAGACUCCAGCCUUCUAUCAAAGCCAGAUUCCUGCGCUUCAUCCCUUUAGAGUGGAACCCCAAGGGCAGAAUUGGACUGCGAAUCGAGGUGUUUGGAUGUUCAUAUAGAUCAGAGGUGGUUGAUCUUGAUGGACGAAGUUCUCUCCUCUACAGAGUUCAUCAAAAACCCCUAAGCACAAUAAAGGAGAUUAUUUCUUUGAAAUUUAAAACCAUGCAGAGUGAUGGGAUUCUGCUCCACAGGGAAGGGCAAAAUGGAGAUCACAUCACACUGGAAUUGAGAAGAGGAAAACUCUUUUUACUUAUUAAUUCAGGUGACGCUAAGCUGCCCUCGCCGCCCACGCCGGUCAACCUCACGCUGGGCAGCCUGCUGGACGAUCAGCACUGGCACACGGUGCUGGUCCAGCGCUCGGGCAGCCUCGUGAACCUGACAGUGGACGAGCACCGGCAUCACUUCCACGCCCAGGGGCCGUUCAGUUACCUGGGUCUUGAUUACGAGAUCAGCUUUGGAGGGAUUUCAGCACCUGGAAAAUCAGUGUCAUUCCCCCAUAAAAAUUUCCAUGGGUGUUUAGAAAACCUCUACUACAAUGGAGUGGAUAUCAUUGAUUUGGCCAAGCGACAGAAGCCACAGAUCAUCACUACGGGAAAUGUGUCGUUUUCUUGUUCACAACCACAAUCUGUGCCUGUGACUUUUCUCAGCCCCAGGAGUUACUUAGCGCUGCCGGGCUCUUCCGGGGAGGACGAGGUGGCUGCUGCUUUUCAAUUUCGAACCUGGAAUAAUGCAGGGCUUCUGCUAUUCAGUGAACUUCAGCUGGUUUCAGGGGGUCUCCUCCUCUUUCUUAAUGAUGGAAAACUUAAGCUGAAUCUCUACCAGCCUGGAAAAUUACCCAGUGACAUCACAGCAGGUGUUGGCUUAAAUGACGGACAGUGGCAUUCUGUCUCCUUAUCUGCCAGAAGGAAUCGGCUGAGUGUGGUGGUGGACGGCCAGGUGGCCUCGGCUGCUGCUGCCCUGGGGCCCGAGCAGAUGUACUCAGGUGGCACCUAUUAUUUUGGAGGUUGUCCUGACAACAGUUUUGGAUCCAAAUGCAAAAAUCCCUUUGGUGGAUUUCAGGGAUGUAUGAGACUCAUUUCUAUCAGUAACAAAGUGGUAGAUCUGAUUACAGUCCAGCAGGGGUUCCUGGGCAACUUCAGUGACCUUCAGAUAGACUCCUGUGGGAUCACAGACAGGUGUUUGCCCAACUACUGCGAACACGGAGGCGAAUGCUCGCAGUCCUGGAACACCUUUCACUGCAGCUGCGCCCACACCGGCUACCGGGGCGCCACCUGCCACAGCUCUAUCUAUGAGCAAUCAUGCGAAGCCUAUAAGCACAGAGGAAAUACUUCAGGGUUUUACUAUAUAGACGCAGAUGGAAGUGGUCCCCUAGAACCAUUCCUUCUAUAUUGCAAUAUGACUGAAACUGCAUGGACCAUCAUACAGCACAAUGGCUCUGAGUUAACAAGAGUGAGAAAUACUAAUCUGGAGAACCCAUAUGCUGGGUUUUUUGAGUACGUGGCCAGCCUGGAGCAACUCCAGGCCACAAUUAACCAUGCGGAGCACUGUGAACAGGAGCUGACCUACUAUUGCAAGAAGUCACGGCUUGUAAAUAAACAAGAUGGAAGCCCUCUGAGCUGGUGGGUUGGAAGAACCAAUGAAACACAGACGUACUGGGGAGGUUCUGUGCCUGACCCUCAGAAGUGUGCGUGUGGACUGCAGGGGGCCUGCGCUGAUCCUCAGUAUCACUGCAAUUGCGAUGCGGACCGAAGUGAAUGGACCAAUGACACUGGAAUCCUUUCUUAUAAAGAGCACCUUCCAGUAACUAAGAUCGUGAUCACUGACACAGGCCGGCCGCAUUCCGAAGCAGCUUAUAAACUGGGGCCUCUGCUCUGCCGGGGAGACAGGUCAUUUUGGAAUUCAGCUUCCUUCAAUACCGAGGCUUCAUACCUUCACUUUCCUACUUUCCACGGAGAGCUCAGUGCAGAUGUUUCUUUCUUUUUUAAGACCACAGCUUUGUCCGGGGUAUUUUUGGAGAACCUGGGGAUUAUUGAUUUCAUACGGAUAGAGCUACGCUCUCCGGCCGUAGUGACUUUCUCGUUUGAUGUGGGGAAUGGGCCUUCGGAAAUAUCGGUGCAGUCACCCACUCACUUCAACGACAACCAGUGGCAUCGUGUUACAGUUGAAAGGAACAUGAAAGAAGCAUCCAUCCAAGUGGAUCAGCUCCCACCCAAGACCCAACCUGCUCCUGCUGAUGGGCAUGUCCUUUUGCAGCUCAAUAGUCAGCUCUUUGUGGGCGGAACGGCCACGAGACAGAGGGGCUUUUUGGGAUGCAUCCGGUCUCUGCAGCUGAACGGGCUGGCCCUGGACCUGGAGGAAAGAGCCAAGGUGACUCCCGGAGUGGAGCCAGGCUGUAGAGGGCAUUGCAGCAGCUACGGGAAGUUGUGCCGCAAUGGAGGGAAAUGCAGAGAAAAGCCCAGUGGGUUCUCUUGUGACUGCACCUUCUCUGCAUACGCAGGGCCCUUCUGCUCGAAUGAGAUUGCUGCAUACUUUGGGUCUGGCUCAUCCGUGGUUUACAAUUUUCAAGAAAAUUAUUCCUUAAGUAAGAAUUCCAGCUCCCACGCGGCCUCGUUUCACGGUGAGAGGAAGCUGCGCCGAGAAGCGAUCGAGCUCAGCUUCCGGACGACGCGGACGCCCAGCCUGCUGCUGUACGUGAGCUCCUUGCACAGAGAGUACCUGUCGGUGGUCAUCGCCAGGAACGGAAGUUUGCAGAUCAGGUACAAGCUAAAUAGAUAUCAAGAACCUGAUGUUGUUACCUUUGAUUUCAAAAACAUGGCUGAUGGGCAACUUCACCACAUCAAGAUUAACAGAGAAGAAGGCGUGGUCUUUGUCGAGAUCGACGAGAAUACAAGGAGACAGGUCCACCUGGUAUCAGGGACAGAAUUCAGUGCAGUCAGAUCUCUUGUACUGGGCAGGAUUUUAGAGCACAGCGAUCUGGACCAGGAGACGGCGCUGGCUGGUGCCCAGGGCUUCCUGGGCUGUCUCUCUGCAGUGCAGCUCAGCCACGUGGCCCCUCUGAAGGCUGCACUGCACCCCAGCCGCCCGGCCCUCAUCACUGUCUCAGGACACGUGGCGGAGUCCAGCUGUGUGGCCCAGGCUGGCACUGAUGCCACAUCCAGGGAGAGGACACACUCCUUUGCAGAUCAUUCUGGAACAAGAGAUGACAGAGAACCCCUAGCUAAUGCUAUCAAAAGUGACUCUGCAGUAAUUGGAGGUUUGAUAGCUGUUGUGAUCUUCAUCUUGCUGUGCACCUCUGCCAUCGCCGUGCGCAUCUAUCAGCAGAAAAGGUCAUACAAAAGAAAUGAGGCGAAAAGGUCGGAGAACGUAGACAGUGCCGAGGCUGUUUUGAAAAGUGAGCUUAAGAGACAAAACGCAGUCAAUGAAAAUCAGAAAGAGUACUUCUUCUGACUGAGCUGCGCCUGACUGACACUGAGGACCGUGUGUUAGUAGCCAGGGGCGGAGGCGGUGACAGCGGUUCUCACGGUGGACGU